CCCGAGACUCCAGGGCUGCUGCUUCUGUCCCCCCCACACACAGGGCACGGACAUCCAGAAGAAGAUCGACCACGAGAUCCGCAUGCGCGAGGGGGCCUGCAAGCUGCUGGCGGCCUGCACCCAGCGCGAGCAGGCCCUGGAGGUCACCAAGAGCCUGCUGGUCUGCAACAGCCGCAUCCUGGCCUACAUGGCGGAGCUGCAGCGCAUGAAAGAGGCCCAGGUCAUGCAGCGCAUGGCCCGGCGGCCUUCCGAUGCUGGCCCUAUGGAUGAUCGUUUGCCCUGCCGGGGCAGAGUCUGCAUCUCAGAUAUCCGGAUCCCCCUGAUGUGGAAGGACACAGAAUACUUCAAAAACAAGGGGGAUCUGCACCGAUGUGCCGUAUUUUGCCUGCUGCAGAUUGGCACAGAGAUCUAUGACACCGAGAUGGCUCUGGUCGACCGGACGCUGACGGACAUCUGCUUUGAGAGCACCGUCCUCUUCACGGAGGCGGGUCCUGACUUUGAGCUGAAGGUGGAGCUGUACAGUGCGGGCCUGGAGGAGGACUCGGCCCUUGGCAACACCCCGAAGAAGCUAGCCAGUCGCCUGAGCAGCUCUCUGGGGCGCUCGUCUGGGAAACGGGUCCGCACAGCCCUGGACGGAGGGGUGCCGGGCAGCCCCGUGAGCAACGGAGGCAGCAGCCCCCUCUUGCUGCCGGCCCCCAGCGUGGCGGGGCCCAAGUACCAGCUGCUGGCCUCCACCACCCUCCGCCUGGCCGACGUGCAGGACGCCUUCCGCACCCACGACCUCGUCAUCGCUGGCCACGAGGAGAGCUCCUUCUGGCUGCCCCUCUACGGCAGCGUUUGCUGUCGGCUGUCUGCGCAGCCCAGCUGCAUGGUCCACCAGAUGAUGUGCGGGUUCCUCAGGGUGCAGCAGGGAGAGCAGUCGAGCUGCCUCCGACUCUUCUGCGUCCUGCGCGGCCCCCACCUCCUCUGCUACCACCGCCCCCAAGACGCCGAGACCCAGGUGGAGCCUGCUGUCACCAUCGCCAUCAGCAAGGAGACGCGCAUCCGGGCCACGGAGAGGGACCCCAAGAACCGCUUGCAGAGCAUGCUGGUCACCAACCGCUAUGGGGGCGAGGAGGUGACCCACACACUGCUGGCCGAGGACCGGCCUGAGACUCAGCGCUGGAUGGAGGCCUUCUGGCAGCAUUUCUACGAUAUGAGCCAGUGGAAGCACUGCUGCGAUGAACUGAUGAAGGUGGAGGUCCCUUCCCCACGCCGGCCCACUGCCCAGCUGCCCAAGCAGGGUUCUUUGUACCACGAGACGGCUAUUGAGCCAGCGGACGACAUCGAGGCCGUGACGGACAUCCUGGCGCGCCGGUUGUCGGGCCUGGGCAGCCCCGCCUGGCUGUCCCUCUUUGAGGGGGGGCCAGGGUCCCCUCCCGCCCCCGCCGCCGCCAUGGCUUCGGACAGCGACAGCAACUCCAGUGCCAGCCCACGCCCGCUGCGCCCCCCCUGGGGGCGGCCUCGCACCCUCUCUCUGGACGCCAAGCUCAGCACCUUGAACGGACGCUCCGGCCGGCCGCCCCUCGAUUGGACCCGGGGCCCUUCCCACUCCAGCUCCGGCUCCUCCAGCAGCGGCAGCCCCACCCCGGAGCCCGCCCGGCCCCCGCGCCCCCAGGCCCACCCGACCUUUGACCCUCGCCUGUGGCUGCAGUCCCAGGUCUGAGAAGACGGCCCCCCUCCCCACGGCUGGCUGUGGCAGGGAAGCGAUGGCCGCAGGAGGGGACGGGACGGGACCUCGGAUCGGGGGUGCAGCGGCGGCUUCCUUGCUAGCCCCGGGUGCUUGCCGGCGGCUCUGCCGA